AUGUCUGAACAACCUACUAAUAACUUGACACCUGCUGAACGCGCAGCCAAAGAAGAGCAAGAGAAGCUUGAAAAGAAGAAGGAAGAAGAAGAGCAAGCCCAAUUACCUUAUAGCUGGAAGCAAACACUCCAAGAUGUAGACAUCUCUAUUCCAGUACCCAAAGGCACUCGCGCUCGUGAUUUGGAAAUUUUAUUGAAGAAAUCUCAAUUUAAAGUAGCUCUCAAGGGCCAAGCACCUAUUGUUGAGGGCGAGUUUAGUCACGCCAUCAAGGUAGAUGAUAGUACAUGGACAGUGGAAGAUCAAAAAGAAGUAUUGGUCCACUUGGAAAAAGUCAAUCAAAUGCAGUGGUGGGAUAGUGUUGUCAAGGGAGCACCCAAAAUCAAUACACAAAAGAUCCAACCUGAAAACUCUCAGUUGAGCGAUUUAGAUGGAGAGACCAGAGCCAUGGUUGAAAAGAUGAUGUUUGACCAACGUCAAAAGGCAAUGAACAAGCCUGACAGUGAUACUUUGAAGAAGGAGGAGAUGUUUGCUAAAUUUAAGCAGCAACAUCCAGAGAUGGAUUUUAGCAAUGCAAAGUUUGCAGAAUAA